UGGAGUAGCUGACUCUAGUCAACAACUAAAGAAGAAAACUAGGGGGCCGUCAAAGUUAAAGAUGCAUGACAAAGGCAAACAAAAGUGUGAUGAGAUCGACUUCAAGGAAAGGAACCAACCGAUAGGACAAGAAUCAGUGCACUUAUCAACCUUAGAAGGGGUCUUAGCUUGGAAGAUGGUGCCAAUUAAUAUAGAUUAUUGGUUUGAAGUUCCAAAUGAGAUUAAGGAUAAGUUAUGGGCUUGUGUGAAGCUUAAAUACAAAGUACAUGAUAUCCACAAGACACGUGUGAUGCAAAAGUUUGCAAAAUUGUGGCGCAAUUACAAGUCUGAACUAUCAAGAAAAGUAAGAACUCUCGCUGCAGCAGGUAAAGGUCAUUUAGCACGGAAUAUUGCCCUCACCAAACCUGAUAAGAUUGGAAUGGAUGAAUGGAAGGCAUUUGUGAAAAAUAGACUUUCAAAAGCUUCAUUGUAAGUGUUUUUUCAUAACAGUUUUAUGUAGAAGCUCAUUUCUUUUCAUAACAAUUAAGAUAAAGAUUACAAAUUCUUAAAAAAUGUGGGCAUUUCAAAUGUUUACACUCAGGAAAAGAGUGAAAAAUUCAAAGAGAUGAGAGCAAAGCAGAAGGUGUUACACACGAUGAGUAGAAAAGGCUAUGCACGACUAGAGGAAGACAUG